AUGCUCCAGCAGAACGGAGACGUCUUCCGCGUCCUCAAGGAGCCGUUGCAGGUCAUCCAGGACUCGGGCGUUACCGAACAUGCGCAUCUCGACGCUGCUCGGGCUUUAUUCAAGCAACUGCUGGGCGGCUCAAGCGCGGCCCAGCCGCCAGAGCCCAGUGCACACUUCAAGGCGGUCAUGGAUAGCCUCACAUCUCCGCCGUGGAUCGAUCCUACCCAGGUACCUAUCCUGAGUGCCGAGCAGGCUGCCUUUCGCUUCUCAUCCGCCCUUUUAAUACUGGACGAUAUCAUUGCUAGUACAGUUCUUCAGGAAGAACCCACGCUCUAUGAGUACUACCACAGCCUUCUCUGUGGGAGUUCUAUACUCGAGACCGGCGUCGGUUUCGAGGCUGGGGUGGGUUGCCAGAACUGGGCCCUGCUAUAG